GCCGCCCUCUUCUUCGCCUUCUACGAAGCCCAAAAACCCCUCUCCCCUCUGGCCUCCACCCCACUCCUCGUCUGGCUCCAAGGAGGCCCCGGCUGCUCCUCCAUGGUCGGAAACCUCUUCGAGCUCGGCCCCUGGCUCAUCUCCGAUGACCUCCUUCUAAGCCCCAACCCCUUCUCAUGGAACCGCCGCUUCGCCCUUCUCUUCAUCGACAGUCCCCUCGGCACCGGCUUCAGCUCCGCGUCCUCCCCCGUUUCGAUCCCUGGCGAACAACCCACCGUCGCCGCCCACCUCUUCUCCGCAAUCCAAUCCUUUCUCUCCUCCCAUCCCCUUUCCUUCCGUUCCCGCCCUCUCUUCCUCACCGGCGAAAGCUACGCCGGCAAGUACGUUCCUGCCGCCGCCUACCACAUCCUCCGCCAAAAUCCCAUCUUUCCGCCUCCCCUCCGCAUCAACCUCGCCGGAGUCGCCAUUGGUAAUGGACUGACUCACCCGACGGCUCAAAUCGGCACCCACGCCUCCGCCGCUUACUUCGCCGGUCUAAUCAACGAUCGGCAAAGGGCGAAGCUCGAAGAUCUACAAAACGAUGCCACCGCGCUCGCGCGGGCGGGCAAGUGGUUGGAAGCCGCCGACGCGCGUGGGCUAGUUCUCGAGUGGCUUCAGAACGCCACCGGCCUGGCUACGCUCUACGAUCUGACGAAGAAGAAGCCAUACGCAACGGCGAAGCUGACUGUUUUUCUGAACAGGGAGGAGGUGAAGGCGGCGCUUGGGGCCAAAAAGGAAACGACUUGGGUGGAAUGUAGUAAGGCCGUGAGCCAUGUGAUGAAGAAGGAUAUAAUGAAAAGCGUGAAGUUCAUGGUGGAGGAGGUGGUGAAGAACAGUCGCGUGCUUCUGUAUCAGGGAAUUUUUGAUCUGAGGGAUGGGGUCGCGUCAACGGAGGCAUGGAUGAAGGAGAUGAAUUGGGAGGGUAUUGGAAGCUUUUUGGAUGCGGAGAGGAGAGUUUGGAGAGUGGAAGGAGAGGUUGCAGGGUACUUGCAGAAAUGGGGGAAUUUGACUCAUGUGGUGGUUUCGGGCGCCGGACAUCUUGUUCCUGCUGAUCAGGGGCGGAGCACGCAGGCGAUGAUUGAGGGUUGGGUACUGAAAAGCGGAGAUUUUGGCGAAGAAGAAGAAGAAGAGAAGGAUUUUAGCUUAAGGAGAUCAGAGUGAAAAUUGUAAGGUUUGCUUUGUGGAAGUGCAAACUAGAGAAUGAAUUCAUAAAAUACUUCUUCCCACUUUCUAGUUAGCAUUAGAUGCAUAAAUGGUGAUGAGAUGGGUCUUGCUCGCAUCUAUCAGAUUACUUGUUAAAUUUGUGAGGGUAAAAAAAAAUCUAAGAUAGAUUAUCUAAACAUGGCGGGUAAACUUUUAUCAUUAUAAACUUAAAUUGAGAUUUGAUUAGGAUUUGGCA